AUGGCUGUAACCAACCUGCAUUUGCCUGUGCCUUUAGAUCAAUCAGAAGAGUAUGACAUUUUUGCACAUGAAGCUCAUCGUAUUAUCGAUCAACUUGUCAGUCAAUCAUUAACACAUGUUAAUGAUACAAAUGAAAUAUCUGAUCCAAAUAAUGAAGAAUAUAAUAUUCAAAGAGGUCGUUUCAUUGUAUUAGAAAAUGAAACGAAAACCCAAGGGCAAACAUCGAUACGUUGGCCAACUAUUGCUGAAUUCGCGGAUGAAAAAGUUGGAAUAGAAAAAAUAAAUGAAUAUAUUGAAAAAGAAUGGAAAACGGCACCAGGUGGUCACGAUGAUAGUUGGCUCUAUGCAAUCGAUUUUCUCGAACGAAAGACACUAGAGUUUAAUUAUCUCUACAUUUAUCGAGUACGUUACUCAAUACCAACACGAAGACAACCAAUACCACGGCAAACAGUUUCGGUUUAUUUUACCAUUGAUGUUUCAAAAAUAAAACCAAAAAAUACAAUAGUACACGUUUCAUUUGUAUUUGAGACAAUGCGAGUCGUCUAUCAUCCAGGUGAAUUUCGUUUUCGUCAAAAUUGGCUAGAAGACAUUAUUUUAUUUAAAGAAAAAAUGGCAAACGACAUCAAUUUUUAA